AUGAGCGACUCCCAUGAACGAUGGGUAUCGGCAGCUACACUUAUCGAUACUGCGUCCGGAGAGGAGAAGAUUAUCCCACCUGAACAUCCGUACAGGACGUUGGUACUAUGCUUUGAUGGCACUGGGGACCAAUUCGACUCUGAUGCAGGAAUCGGCACAUACACCACCCCUGAGAUUGCUACGCCUUUUAGAGCGAGGAUGGCCAAGGCUGUCGACGAAGCCGUAGCCUGGAACUUGGAUGCGCACGUUAUGGGUGGAUACGAGUUCUUGAUGCAGAACUACACAGCAGGUGACAGAAUAUGUAUUUUUGGGUUCUCGAGGGGGGCGUAUACGGCUCGAAGUCUAGCGGGCAUGAUUCACAAGGUCGGAAUCCUACCCGCAAGCAAUAAGCAACAAGUGCCGUUCGCGUACAAGAUGUACACACGAGCGGAUGAAGUGGGUUGGCAACAGAGUAAUGCGUUUAAGAAAGCGUUUUCAAUUGAUGCGGAUAUUGAUUUUAUUGGCGUUUGGGACACUGUCAACUCCGUCGGCCUCAUCCCAAGACGCCUCCCAUUCACGAUGUCGAAUACGAACGUUCGGACAUUCCGGCAUGCGGUCUCACUUGAUGAACGACGAGCAAAAUUCAAAGCGAACUUGUGGAACCGCCCUGACGAAGGCGAGGCUAAACUUGGCUUGGUGCAAAAGGGGAAUACUCCCGGGUUGGGAUCUGCGAUAGAAAAUCACCCACUCCGUCAGCAGCCACAUUCAAUGUGGGAACUUGAGCAAAAGUAUUCAAAAGAUCGUAGUCUUCCGACGGAUGUAGAAGAGGUCUGGUUCGCAGGAUGUCACUGUGACAUCGGCGGUGGUUCGGUUUCCAACGACACCAAACCCAACCUUGCUAGGAUCCCACUCCGAUGGAUGAUUCGGGAAUGUUUCAAAACCAAUACGGGUAUCAUGUUCUAUGCUGAUAUGUUGGAAGAGAUUAUGGGUGUAGAUCCUGCAGUUCUUUAUCCGACGGUUCUUCCUAGACCCCCAGCGUUGAAGGUCAGUGAGGAGCAAGGGCAUUAUAUUCGAUCUAUAUCUGACGAUGCGGCCAAGUCGAAGACCUCGACCGAGAGCCUGGAUGAAGGGACGGUAACCACUACCGGCCAACGACCAACCGAGGAAGAACUCGAGCUAAUGGAUGCCCUUUCGCCGAUCUAUGAUCAGCUUUCGUUGAACUGGUUCUGGUGGAUUCUUGAAUUUUUCCCUAUCCGAAUUAGAUAUCAAUCUGGGGGCAACUCGCGGGUAUCGUAUUUGGGGUGGAAUCUUGGACGGGGUAGACAUAUUCCUAAGCAGGAAACGGAGGGGGUAAAGGUGCAUAGGAGUGUGAAAUUGAGGAUGGAAGCCAGGUAUAAAAAUGGGCAGAGAUAUGUGCCAAAGGCGAGUUUUGACGAGAGAUGCACGACUUGGGUGGAUUGA